AGGAGCCGGCUGACUCCGCCCCAGGCCAGGAAGUGACUCAAAAACACUUUGAGAUGUGGAGAAGAGAGGUGCCCGUUGGGUGAGGAACCCGGGAAGGCCCGCCCAGAUUCGGGCCCCCUCGCCCUUGUCCCCAGGGGUGGAGGCACGGGCGAAGCGGGGGCCCGGCUGGCACGACAGGGGCCGGCGCGACCCGAGGCCGGCGUGGGCGGCCCAGGCGAGCUGGGGGAAGCAGCCAUGCCUACCUGGGAGGCUGGCUGCCCAUCCCCCGACCGCUUUGCGGUGUCCGCGGAGGCUGAGGACAAGGUGCGUCAACAGCAGCUGCAUGUGGAGCGUAUUUUCCGCGUGGGCAUGAGCAUCCUCCCGAAGGACUGUCUGCAGAACCCUCACAUCUGGCUGCAGCUGGAGGGCCCCAAGGAGAAUGCCAGCAGAGCCAAGGAGUACCUUAAGGGUCUUUGCAGCCCGGAGCUGCAGGAUGAAAUCCACUACCCACCCAAGCUGCACUGCAUCUUCCUGGGAGCCCAGGGCUUCUUCCUUGACUGCCUGACCUGGAGCACAUCAGCCCACCUGGUGCCUGGAGCGCCUGGCUCACUGAUGAUCAGUGGCCUUGCUGAGGCCUUUGUCAUGGCUCAGAGCCGGGUGGAGGGGCUUGUGGAGCGGCUGAGCUGGGACUUGCAGCCGGGGCCAUCCCUGGGAGCCUCUCAGUGUGCUGGGGUGCUGGGAGACUUCUCUGCCCUUCUGCAACCCUGGGGGGAUGCCCACAGAGAGGCCCUGCUGCAGCUGCCCCUGGCUGUCCAGGAGGAGUUGUUGAGUCUGGUGCAGGAGGUGUCCAGGUGUCAGGGGCCACAAACACUUUCCUCUUGGGAAGAGAGGAGCUCAGGCUUGCUGGGUGCUCAGUACCAGGAAGUUAGAACUUCUCCGAGUGAAGGCAGGGAGCCCCUGGACACUGGGUCCAUGGUGUGGGGAGAGUCAAGGGGAGUGAGGGGAGAGAGUUAUGCUGUGGGGAAGGAGGAAGGGAAACAGAGUGGUCCCAGGGAGAUGGAUUUGGGGUGGAAGGAGCUGCCUGGGGAAGAGGCCUGGGAGAGAGAAGUGGCUUUCAGGCCACAGUUAGUACCUAAAGGGGCAAAGGAGGUGGGGCCCCUGAAAGGGAAGGCCCUGGGGAAGGAGGGGGUGUCUCAGGAAAGAGGAGGGGUCUGUGUCCAGGGUGAGCCUCCUGGUGCCCAUGGCCCCUGUCAGAGGGCAGCUCAACUCCGGGGAGCCUCCCUCCUCCAGCGGCUCCACAAUGGGCAAGCCUCACCUCUAAGAGUGCCUAGCCCUCCACCUGCGCCUGAACCCCCAUGGCACUGUGGAGACAGGGGAGACAAGCAACAGUCCAUGGCUCGGGGUCGGGGGUCUCCAUGGAAACGAGGCCCCCGGGGGGGCAACUUGGUGACUGGCACACAGCGUUUCCAGGAGGCCUUACAGGAUCCUUUCACCUUGUGUCUUGCCAAUGUGCCUGGCCAGCCAGACCUCCGCCAUAUUGUCAUUGAUGGCAGCAACGUGGCCAUGGUGCAUGGCCUCCAGCACUACUUCUCCAGCCGGGGCAUUGCCAUUGCUGUGCAGUACUUCUGGGACCGUGGCCACCGUGACAUAACUGUCUUUGUGCCUCAGUGGCGCUUCAGUAAAGAUGCCAGAGUCAGAGAGAGUCACUUCCUACAAAAGCUGUACUCCCUCAGCCUGCUUUCCCUUACCCCUUCACGAGUCAUGGAUGGCAAGAGGAUCUCCUCCUAUGAUGACAGGUUCAUGGUGAAGCUGGCUGAAGAGACCGACGGGAUCAUUGUCUCCAACGACCAGUUCCGGGACCUGGCAGAGGAGUCGGAGAAGUGGAUGGCAAUCAUCAGAGAGCGCCUGCUGCCCUUUACCUUCGUGGGAAACCUCUUCAUGGUCCCUGAUGACCCGCUGGGGCGAAAUGGCCCUACCCUGGAUGAGUUCUUGAAGAAGCCAGCCAGGACACAGGAGUCUUCCAAGGCUCACAGUCCUUCCAGGGGCUUCACAGAACAUGGUAAUCAGCAGCAGGGGAGAGAAGAGGAAAAAGGCAGUGGUGGCAUUCGGAAGAACCGGGAGACAGAGCGGCUCCGGCGCCAGCUGCUGGAGGUGUUUUGGGGUCAGGAUCACAAGGUGGACUUCAUCCUGCAGCGGGAGCCAUACUGCCGGGACAUUAACCAACUGUCCGAGGCCCUGCUCAGUCUCAACUUCUGAGCCUCAUCUGCUUGAGUGGUUGCAGCCCCAUCAGCUCUAGCCUCCCCCAGCUCAGCUUCUUGUGAGAGUCUCUCCGCUGCUCAGACCCUGACCCAGCCUCACUCUGAGUUGGUACUUUGGGUAAGGAAGCACCGAGGAAGAACAUUUGAGUAUGGAGAAUGUUUUUGCCUGGGGCACUUUGGAGACAGGUCCAUAAAGUGACCUGAUCUCACUUGGAGUCAGGACCUCAACCAGCUCUCAAGAGGUUCUACUCAGUCUUAACUUCUCAGCCUUGCCUUAGUAUAGGUUUCUGUAAGUCCUGGGGACUGGGGCUACUGGCUCCACCUCCAAGUGAGUUGGGGUGGAAGCUAGGGUGGCUAGAGGUGGCAGGAAUCUAAGCCUUUUCUCCCCUGAGUGUUGCUCUGGGUGGUCAGAAGACAGGAUGCUCCCUAGGCCUGCCUAGGCUCCUGGGAAUGUGGAGGGAAUGCUAGGCCCUGGCUGGACUAUAGUGUUCCAUGGGCUGGGUCGCAGUGAGCUGGUGAAGAAGGCAGAGGGAGACUUGGCACCUGGUCUCAGCUUUGCUUGCCUGUGACCCUGAUUGAGCUGCUUGGCCUUUAUUUCUGUCUAUAAGCCAGGGGUAAAAAUACUUGUUGGGAGGAGAAAUGAGAACAUGGAGGAAAGCUUGGAGGAAAAGUACUUGGAUCAAGUCUUAGCUGGCUGCCUGUGGCUAUAUAGGCUUCCUAACCCAAACCUCACUUUCAGAGAGAUGUUGGUCCUCUGUUUCCAGGGCCCACACCCUAGGUUUUAACACUGUGUCCUCAGUAUAACAUGCCCUAUAAUGGCUGCAUCCUUUUUGGGCAACCUCCAAAAUCCACAUUUAGAAAAUAGUUAAAUUAGGGGUUACUGUUUGCUUUACCAGAAUACUCUCAGGGUUCCUAUAAAUGGCAGCUCUUCUGUUGCAUUCAAGUGUUUACAGACUAACAAAUGUGUCAGAAAGUCCCUGGUUAGAUGCACUUACUGAAGUGUUGAGAGCAUUCACCAAAUUGAUGAAGUCAUGCUCUGCGAUCGACAAUGUUAAUGUGAUCUGACCCUAAUAUUUUUGCUACAGAAGACAUGCUGCAUGAAGUGAGGCACACUUCUGCUUUGUGCAUGUGUAUAUGGGGAUGGGAGGGCUUAGAGGUUGAACCAAUUGAUUCUAGAUGAACCAAUUCUCUGGAAAAUGAGAACUACAGAAUCAGAGUUGGAAGGCACCUGAUUAGCCACCAGACCAACUCUGCUGUCAUAUCAGAGAUGCUCUCUCCACUCUGAUUCCUAUAGGUCAUUGCCCUGUGUCUGCUUGAAGUCCUGUGCCAAGGAAUUUACUACCUCCAAGGUAGUAUGUUCCCUAUGUGGACAGUAAUAAUCGGGAGUCCUUCCUUUAGUGCAGCCUAAAAUACGCUUUUCUAUCACUUUUAUCUCUGAGGCCAGUCAUUCCCCCAGGAACAACACAGAGCCAGUCAACUUCCUCAAGUCCAAUCUGAUAAAGAAGCAGGACAGGUGCCCCUGGGUUCUGUUCUGUCUGGGCCCUGCAGUGAGUCCCUGGACAAGAUCCUUUUUCUGCCUCCCUCUGAGUGGCACAAGGAGUUGAAUACUGCAUGGGGAGCAGAAUGAUGGGGAGGGUCCCCAGGUCCUAGUGUCUUCCCGCCUUCCCCUUUUGGUGAUUUUACACUAGCCCAUAUUGACCUGGGCUGGAGGCAGGUGUAUUGGAGACAGGCUGGUCAUAGUCCUUGAGAAGAAAGAUCGGUUAAUAUGGCUUGAACUGGGAUUGGGAGAACUACUUCUGGUCAAGUUAUGGCAGAUAUCACAACUUUUGACUUUUUUUUUUCCCUGAUAGUGUUGAGUUUAUAGUUCUUAAUUAGUUCCUUGCCCUUUUUACUUUCAGUGAUGGUAUGGGUGCAGAGGGCAGAGGUAUCUUCUGCCCUUUUGUGCUAAGGGCUCUAGUUUGACUGAAGUCGCUAUGAUCAGAUGAGAGGCAAGUCCUAGGCUUCUUAUAAACAGGGAUGCUGGCUUUAUCCUGCUGCAGCUUGAUAAACUGGGACUACCGUACCACCGUGUGACUGCUUUAUUAAUUCACUGCCACUUGGUGACACAGACUGAAGGCAGACCUAUAGCUGGGUCUCACCUCUUCCCCGGCUGACAUCCUAAUGGCACCCUGUGACACGCAUGCAGGGUAACUACACAACCCAUUAGAAAUGGGUAAUUUUCUCUUGUCUCUUUUAAUUAUUAUGGGUACAUAAUAGUUGUAUGUCUUUAUAGGGUACAUGUGAUGUUUUGAUACAUGCAUAUAAUGUGAAUCUCUUAUCUUUUAAUUGCUAUCUUUAUCAUAACCUCAUGCCCCGAAUUUGUGACCAGCUCUUUUGGCAAUAGAGGGACCAGGAAGGAAGAGGGUGAGGAGAGAUGUUGCCCAUUGUAACUUUCAAAACCCCAUGUAUGGGAAAGAAUCAUUUAGGAUUCCUUGAAAUAAACUUCACGAGAAUCUAGGCCAAAGAGAUGCUCCAAGGCCAGCGA